AUGGAAGAUGCGUUUCAGCAAAAACUCUCCGGGGCCGCGCCCCAUGGGGAGCGACAUACCCACUGCCCCUGCGCCAACCAUGUUGUGGUUGAUCCCGAUUUGAUGGCAGACGCCUUGAGAGCUAUCGACGCGAUCUUAGAGGAAGAGGAUGUUGCGAUAUCCAGAGUCUUGCUGCCCACGUCGCCUACCUCUGCGAACGAUGACGAUGACUGGUCAUUCCAUCAAACGCGUCGUGAGGCCGCUGGCGUCCACUACUUGCGCUCAUGGUUCCUCUCCAAUCUAGCUCAUCCUUUUCCCUCGCGAGCCGAAAGGCAGAAAAUGGCUUCCAUCGCGAGUACGACGCCUCGAAACGUAGAGUCCAGUUUCACAAACUGGCGGCGUCGUUCAGGAUGGUCGGCCGUCCGAAGGAAGUGGGGUGGUCAGAGUCGAACUGGGAUGCGAUUGCUCAUACAACGGUAUGAAGCAAGGAGUUUGGAACCGGAAGCGUCCGACGCAAUUUCGAAGAUGCGAUCUUAUUUUGCCAACGACAAGGCGCGCUCGUGUAUCGAAGAGAUGGUCGUCAGCGCGUCGGAUACCGCCAGAGCGCCCCGCAUUGCGGACACACCAACAGACACUGGGUGUCGCUCGCCUUCGUCCUGUUCGCCGGAAUACAUCUCAAAGGAGUACAAAGGGCGGCGCAAGAAUGGUCGAAAGAGGACAAGAACGGAAGGGGUGGCCGUCACGGUCAGCAAGCGGCGGACGCUCCCGGCGAACAUUACCGGGAGGACCCGUCCUUGUUCCACUUAUGCGCAGUCCGGAGAGCCGAGAUCUGAGAUCAUGUCCCCAGAGAAAGUUGAGAUCAUGCUGCCAGAGUAUAUGUAA